CACCCGAUAAGAAUGCCAGGCUGGGCUCUGUGUCCAGAAAAGCCCAGUCACACGUACAGCGGAUUUCCGUAAAGGGGGGCACAGAUGGCCGCACCAGGGGUAAACUGGGUCUGGGCUCUUGGACCCGAUGAUCUUGAAAGGUCCCUCCCAAAGGAGAUUUUCAGUCGUGUUUAUCUUGGGUGCAGUCACUCUGAGGCACUUUGAGGGUGUCCUGGCCCGCUUUCUCUCGGGGCUGGUUUGUGAUAUAAGCAAGACACUCACCUGGCCCUAAGUGCAUCGACCUGUCGGCUCCAGCCUGGGUCGAGUACGUGUUGAACAAUGUUGUUUACAUUCCUCUUUUCUGAAAAGUCAUGGGACUACCGCACGUCAAGAACUGAAAGUGAAAUUAGCUGAUGGGACAUCGGUCAGCACAAAGUUCAGAGCUGUUUACUUAGGCACCACUGGGAGGGCCGGCGGGCCCGGGCAGGGCAUCUGUCCGCUGGCCAUCACCCUCCCGCAGCGCUUUCUACCCGAGGCUGACAUUAGGAAGCCAGCGAGAACCAGGAAUCCACCAAACCUGAUUUCCUGCUCUGCCUUUCAGUGAGCAUUCCUGUGGCUUCUGCAUCUUCUUUUGUUCACGGAGGACAGGCCCGCAAAGCACAGGAGAAAAUGGUCACCCCAUGGCUGCGGUGGUGCCGCCACCUGCUGUUCCUGGGCAUCCUGGCCCUCAUGAUCACGGUCAUCUCCCUGCUGUUCUACGCUCUCCUCUGGAAGGCCGGCAACCUCAUUGACUUGCCAGACAUGAGAAUCGGCUUCUACAACUUCUGCCUGUGGAACGAGGUCACCAGCUCCCUCCAGUGUUACCGGUUCCAGGAGCUGGAGGCACUGCAGUUGCCCCAGGCUGGCCUGGCCUUGGCCAGGCUUGGCGUGUAUGGAGCCCUGGUCCUCGCCCUCUUUGCACCCCUGCCUCUCCUCCUGGCCCAGUGCAAACGUAGCAAGGGGGAGUGGCAGCUGGGCGUAGGCUUCCUGGCCACAUCCUCUGUGCUGCUGGCCAGCGGCCUGGGCCUCUUCUUCAUCUGUACAUGGAGGUGGAUCCAGCUCUCCCUCUUGGGUCCUGGCUUUAUAGCGCUAGGCCUCGCCCAGGCCUUACUCGUCGUCUUGCUUGUAGCCACAAUGGCCUUCCCUCAGAGGGCGAGGGUGGAGAACAAGCUUGAGAGCGAUUAGUGCUACCCACAGCCUUCCCCGACCGCAAGGGUAGAGUCUGAACUGUGCUCAGGGUGGCAUCAGAGUCCCUGGCUGGUCUGUCUUCCCAGCCACAUUUCAUAGCUGACGCUGACCUCGAGCUUUAGCGAGGGGACCCGCAUGCACAGGGUGGGGCACCAGUGCCAGGGAGGCCAUGUGGCAGGCACCUGCGGCUUCUUAGUAUAGAGCUGUCUGUCAGAACUUUUGUGGUUUCCCAGGGACCCCUAAAACCACAAAACUCAGUCACAGGUCUUCGAUUUAAUUGACUGAGCUGAGCAAGCCAUUGUUUAUCCUCAGGAUGGUGGGGAGAUAAGGAUUCCUAUCACUGGGCCAGAGUCCUUCAUUUAUAGGUGGUUUAGGGAGACCAACGGAGAAUAUUGAGACCUCAGUGUCCCUCAGGGCCCCGGGUAGGCAGCUCCCGCCUCUCUGUUGGGUGGGCAGUACUGAGGCCAGAAGUGAUACACCCAAGACAGAGCACAGGGCUUGGAAGGGACAUCUGGGUGGCUUUGAAGGUCCCCCUGAAAAGGUUCCUGGCCCAGAAGCCACACAGACCAAGGGAGCCACUGGGGCAUAACCCCCAGGGUAGGGCCCAGGAGUCGGGGGCAGAAUUUGCCAAAUUCUCGGGCAAGAGAGGAAGGUGAACAGGACUGAAUGGCUCAGACACACACAGAUACGGCGCCCCUCCCCUUCACAGGCCAGCAGAAGGAAGGACGCGGACACGGCUUGGGGACUCGGGUGUUUAAGCCCCGUAUAUUGAAAAACCUGUAAAGCAGAUGAUGGCCUCACCCUAUGCUUGCCAGACGCCGCACAGAAAGCAGAGUAGCGAUUGGGACUCCGGCAUGAUCUUGCGUCCUUAGCUGCACCUUUGGGCUCCUGCCUCACUCUGGCUUUACAGCGGCCUGAGGGCCAAGGCCAAGGCCAUCCGGAGAAGGAGGUAGCAGCAGGAGGGGAAGGCCCGGUUCCCACCUGUGCCCUGAGGGUUGAGCCCCAGAACGCUGCCCCCAAGGCUUGGGGGGGGGGGUGUGAGGGCUGGAGACUGCCUCUUGAUAGAAGCUCUUACUGAAUAAAACAGUCCCCUUGACCUGGGAAAGGGCACUGGGUGGAGAAAAAUUCAAAUGGGAACUUGUUUUGAUUGCUCACUUCCACACAGUCGCCCACCAGAACCCCCCAUCCUGGGUGCAGUCCGCAGGCAGGGAAGGGAAGCCCGUCUCUCUUCAGCUGCUCUUGGCAGAAAGUCCUGGAAGCUUGUCCCUUAGCUGAAAAAGAUCUCCCUGACGUAUUUUAGCACAUCCUCAUCUUCCCCGGGGCUGCUGGGGCAGGCAGAGGCAGACCCUCCAGGCCCCUGAGAAGGGCUGCCGCCUGGGGGAAGGGCGUCCUCUCCAUUGUCCUCGUCCUCACUUCCCCCAGAACUCCCUGAUGAGGAUGCUGACGGUGACCCUGAGCCGGUGGGGGACAGCUCCGGCCUAUCAGCACCUGCCAGAAACGGCUGCUCCAAGAGCUUUUCCUGUUUUCGACCCUGUGGAGAAGAGAGGCAGGCAAGACAGACGUGUUUUCCUUCCCUCACGUGCUGGCCUGUCUGAUGUAGAACAGAUCCAGCAGUGACUGGGAAGGUAGUGCACGACCAGGUCAGGCCCGGCCCCCAAAUCAGACACCACCCCACUCUUCACGCCUCCCCCUCUUCACAGCUCUGGGAGAAAUCAACUAACUUGAGAGCACAGCAGGCAUAAGCCCGAGGAGCUGGGCCCCUGAGGACACGGGGCAUCUUUAAUGGACACUGUGGCCUGGUGUAGCACGCGCGCGCGCGCACACACACUCACACACACACACACAGUCUGAGGGCAGGGUGAGAGAAUGGAGGGAGCACAGAACAAAACUGAAGCAUGGGUCCGAGCUCUGUCACCAGGAAAGUCCCUGGUCUGCAUUUCUUCAUCUCCAAAAGGAGGAAGAUAAAAACGUUCGCCCCAUCGGAAGUAACUCCCCUGCCAGGUUACUGCAAGAGUGAAAUGAGGCCGCUCUCCUGCCUGCCUGUGACUGUGCAGGGGCUUCUCUUUCUCUUUUUUCUACUAGACCUGUCCUUUCAAAAUGUAAACGGGAAAAAGAAUGAAAUGAGGCAGGACAAUAUAUAAAAGUCCCGGGGAGGCUUAGGUUGUAAGUAUACAGACUCCGAAGUGCCGUGAUUGCUUCAGGCAGGGAGCAGACUUCAGCCGCCUGCUGCUAAGUUCAGGGAGACGUCAGCUGCCAAGCCGAGCCCCUCAGAGAACACAAGCAGCGACACACUCUGUCCCCGCCACACAGUCACCACACAGGGCCACUCCCUCUCACCGCCACCCCCUCCCAGGUCUCCAGCCCCAAAAGCUCGGAGGGAGCUCAUCUCCCCUGCGAGAGAGCAGGAGGAGCCCAACCCGAGAGAAGACUAGGAAGUGGCGGGCAGAUGAGCGGCUCCUGGGCCCCUGAGGACACAGGGCAUCUUUGAUGGACACUGACUGUGGCCUAGUCUAGUCUCUGCCCAGAAAGGGUCUCAGGUCAUAAAACACCGUGAACUUACCUCAAUCAGGAUCCCCAGAGCAACGUCUACUAGCUCAGCCUCGUUCAUGCAGUACACAGUCUUCGCAGCAGGAAGUCUGGAACAGAGGAAAGAAGCUACAGAUGGGGACCAAUGGGCCUUAGGCCUCACAAAGGAGAAGCAAAUGAGAGCAAGAGGGACAUGGCUCCCCUAGGGCACGGACAGGACCUGUAGCAGGGACGUCCCUCACUGGCAGCCUGAAAACUCCCACAACUACCAUCCGUCAGCCAACCCGUCCCCGCAGCCCCAGAGGUCACGCUGGCCCCUCAGCUUGUGCUCAUCCAUCUGUCCCUGAGGCUCUGCUGUGGGAAGACAGCCUGGCCCACAUCUCUUGCCCGGUGGAUAGCAGUGAUUUCAUUUCAAAUGAAGAGACUGACAUUUUGGACAACUGGCAUCUGAGCGCCAGCUAAUGUUCCCCUGACAGGGGAGCUGCACUCCCCGGGCUGCCAUGAGGCAGGCAUGCUGCUUGUCUGUGAGGGGAUAGCUUGCUUUGCCACCAGAGGCCUCUGCACCUCAGAAACACCUGCCACCUCACUGAGAUGCCCCACUCCUCCCCCCACCUGCGUCUCCAGGAGGUGCUGUCUAACCUGAUGUCACCCUUUGCUGCAGCUGCUGUGGUUCUGCUCCUCUUGGGGGUUGUCGCCCACCCUUUGCUCUUCUGGGUCACCUGGGUGGUCAUCCAUGAGGGAAGGACCCUCUUCUUGGUAUUGGAUUUUAAGCUUUCCAUCUCUCUCGUCUCUCAGGAAGAGUUUUUCAGGACAGCAACGCCUACUCUCCUCACACCAGGAAUUGGAAGUCUGUCAUCUUAAAUGGAGUCCAGUGUUAACUCCUGUUAAAAAAAAAAAGAAAAAAACAAAAAACAAAGGCCAGUGAAUUUGAACAAGCUACAAUACUUUGUCAUCAG